AUGGGCAAAAUUGGUUUGCAGAUAAAAGCCACGCUGGAAAACAUCGAGGAGCUAAAAACGAACCAUCCCAACUAUGCGUUUUUCCUGAAAAUCAAAUGUACAAAUUGUGGCGAAGUAUCCGACAAGUGGCAUGAUCUGACCGAGAGCGAACACAUCAACGAAGACUCGCGCAAUCCGAAAGGCUUUAAUUUCCACAUGAAGUGCCGUAUGUGUUCUCGUGAGAAUAGUAUCGACGUUAUCGAAGGGUCCAACGCAAGCUACACCGAACAAGAUUCCGGCAAAAAGAAAACAAUCGUCGCCUUCGACUGCCGAGGUGUGGAACCGAUCGAAUUCAGCCCUCGCUCUGGAUGGAUUGCUAAAGCGACGGAAAACGGACCGACUUUUGAGGAUAUAGAUCUGUCGGAGGACGAUUGGGUAGAAUAUGAUCAGAAGAAUAACAGUUCGGUCGGUGUUUACGAAUUUGAGUCUGAUUUCGUAAAAAUGAAGAAAUGA